CAGCAUAUAACCUCGCUCGCCGCCGCGGGUGGACCGGACAGCUCACAGACGCUGUUGCUACUCCCCUCUCCCUUCUUGCCUGCUUCCGCCGCUACCUGCUCCUCCUCCUCCUGCACCUCCGCUCCGUCGUCCCCCCCUCCGCCGUCGCCGGUACACGUCCAAGCCAGGACUUGUUCUCGGAAGAAUAUGUCUUGCUUUGGAUGCUGUGGUGAUGAAGAUACUCAAAGAGCACCAGACAACAGGAAUCAAUACCCAGGAAGCCAUCCAGCAAGGAAUGAUGCAUAUCGCACUGCCGAUCCAACUCCCAAAGGUCCUCAACCUGUGAAAGUGCAACCCAUUGCAGUUCCCACCAUUCCUAUGGAUGAAAUUAGGGAGGUUACUAAGGGUUUUGGUGAUGAAGCUUUGAUUGGUGAGGGUUCCUUUGGCAGAGUAUAUUUUGGUACUCUAAGAAAUGGUAGAGGUGCAGCAAUCAAAAAGCUGGAUUCCAGUAAGCAGCCAGACCAAGAAUUGCUGGCACAGGUAUCUAUGGUGUCAAGGCUUAAGCAUGAAAAUGUUGUUGAGUUGCUUGGUUACUGUCUUGAUGGGAACACCCGUGUCCUUGCUUAUGAGUUUGCCACUAUGGGCUCUCUUCAUGAUAUGCUUCAUGGAAGGAAAGGUGUUAAAGGGGCUCAGCCAGGACCAGUCUUAUCAUGGAUACAACGGGUGAAGAUAGCUGUUGGUGCAGCGAAAGGCCUAGAGUAUCUUCAUGAGAAAGCACAGCCUCACGUCAUACACAGGGACAUCAAGUCCAGCAACGUUCUUCUCUUUGAUGAUGACGUGGCUAAAAUAGCCGACUUUGAUUUGUCAAACCAAGCUCCUGACAUGGCAGCCCGGCUUCACUCAACUAGGGUUCUGGGAACAUUUGGAUACCAUGCACCUGAGUAUGCAAUGACUGGUCAACUUAGCUCUAAGAGCGAUGUGUACAGUUUCGGAGUUGUUCUUCUGGAGCUAUUGACUGGGAGGAAACCUGUCGACCAUACAUUACCGAGGGGGCAGCAGAGCCUUGUCACAUGGGCCACCCCAAGACUGAGUGAAGAUAAGGUUAGGCAAUGUGUUGACUCAAGACUUGGAGGGGACUAUCCUCCUAAGGCUGUUGCAAAGUUUGCAGCCGUCGCUGCAUUGUGCGUCCAAUACGAAGCCGACUUCCGGCCAAACAUGAGCAUCGUCGUCAAGGCGCUCCAGCCCCUGCUGAACGCGCGAGCAGCCCACCCCGGGGCUGAACACGCUGGACGCUAAGCUGCACUCCGGCCUUUUGUAUGAUAUAAUAGAUAAGGAAAAAUGAGCCAUCAAUUGUUGUUCUUGCGGGGCAUGUGGCAGGCGGUUUUUGUACAUUUGUGAUUAUUCUUCCCAAGUUGUAACCCUCGAGAUUCUAGUACCAGAAAUAUUUGAUUCUUUGUAUCGGUUGCAAGGUCAGCAAGUAUCUAGUACCUAGAACACUUGUCAUCAGACAGAGAAAAAGGAAGAAAAUAAACACUGCUGCGUGAGCUUAUGCCAUUUGCUUCCAAGUUCA